CACUUCCGCCGCCGCAGUCGCCGCCCGCCCCGCUGCUGUCUGGAGGGGGAGGAGCUGGAGACCCGGGAGCAGCGGCUCUGGCGGUCCUGGCGGUCGGAGGUCCGAGAGCUCUGCUCUUCCCGAGAGCGUGCGGGUGUCCUGACUGGGUCUACACCUGACAGUCACUGGAAUGCUACUCCAGGCCUUAGAAGAAAGUGAAACUAAUUUUAAAGUUCCCUUAUUCUUUCUGUUACCUGCCUGCUGAAGUGAAAAUAAAUCUCCCUGCUCCUUUAUCCUGAACUGAUUUGACUUUCCCAUCUCCAAAGCGUGUGCAGGGAGCAGGAGCCUUUCCACUCAAGCCCCAGCUAUAUUGGAAACCCUCCUAAGUCAGAGGCAUGGGUCAGGAAUCUAGCAAGCCUAUAUGGCCCAAGCCAGCAGGAGGGUAUCAGUCCAAUACAGGCAGGAGGUAUGGAAGAAGGCAUGCUUAUGUCAGUUUCAGGCCAUCCACGAGCCAGCAGGAAAGGAUUUCCGGCCAGAGAAAGACGACAUCUGAAGUCCCAAUGCACAGAUCAGCCCCCAGUCAAACCACCAAGAGGAGCCGAUCACCCUUUUCCACCACUCGUCGUAGUUGGGAUGACAGCGAGAGCUCAGGAAUCAGCCUGAAUGUUGAUAAUGAGGACUACUCCAGGUACCCGCCCAGAGAGUACAGGGCUUCGGGGAGCAGAAGAGGAAUGGCUUAUGGACAUGUUGACUGUUUCGGGGCAGAUGAUAGUGAGGAGGAGGGGGCUGGGCCUGUUGAGCGAGUGCCAGUGAGAGGGAAAACUGGCAAGUUUAAAGAUGAGAAGCUGUAUGACCCAGAGAAGGGGGCGAGGUCUUUGGCUGGGGUGCCCCCACAGUUCUCUAGUUUUAACCGUGAUGUGAGAGAGGAGCUGGACAAGUUAGACCCAGCCCCUGCAGCAAGAUGCUCUGCUAGCAGAGCUGAGUUCCUUCCGCCAAAUAGCAUGGCCUCUCAGCCAUCUUCUGCUGAAGGCAAGGUGGUUCCAAAUGGCAACAGCCUGGAGAGGGAGAGACGGGAGCAGAAUGUACCUGCGCGUCCCAGCAGGGCUCCUGUGAGUAUUUGUGGUGGUGGGGAAAACACCCCAAAGAGUGCAGAGGAACCGGUGGUGAGGCCCAAAAUCAGGAAUCUGGCAAGUCCCAGCUGCGUGAAACCCAAAAUAUUUUUUGAUACUGAUGAUGAUGAUGAUAUGCCACAUAGUACUUCCAGGUGGAGGGAGACUGCCAACGCUGAUGAGGGCCACUCGGAUGGCCUGGCAAGAAGAGGCAGAGGCGAGAGUUCAAGUGGCUACGCUGAGCCGAAGUACCCAGAAGACAAGAGGGAAGCCAGGAGUGACCAAGUGAAGCCAGAAAAGGUGCCGAGACGGCGACGAACCAUGGCCGACCCCGACUUCUGGACGUACAGCGACGAUUACUAUAGAUACUUCGAAGAAGACUCCGACAGUGACAAAGAGUGGACUGCGGCACUGCGUCGGAAGUAUCGAGGUCGGGAGCAACAUCUGUCAUCCAGUGGCGAGAGUUGGGAGACUCUGCCGGGGAAGGAAGAGCAUGAAGCUGAGCAAGGCAGAGGGAAUGCCGGUGCCAGUGCCAGCCCCAGUGCUGGUGCCAGUGCUGGCAGCAGUGGCAGCAAUGAACUUGAAGAAGUUCGAGGGCCACCUCUCCAGGAAGAGGAACAGGCGUCCCCUGAAGAAGGUGAAGUUCCCUGGCUCCAAUACAAUGAAAACGAGAGCAGCAGUGAGGGGGAUAACGAUUCCGGUCAGGAGUUUCUGCAGCCGGGCGUCUUCAUGCUGGAUGGGAACAACAACCUGGAAGAUGACUCCAGUGUUAGUGAAGACCUUGAAGUGGAUUGGAGCCUCUUCGAUGGGUUCGCAGAUGGGUUGGGGGUGGCCGAAGCCAUUUCCUACGUGGAUCCUCAGUUCCUCACGUACAUGGCCCUGGAGGAGCGCCUGGCGCAGGCGAUGGAAACAGCACUCGCGCACCUGGAGUCUCUCGCCGUGGACGUGGAGGUGGCCAAUCCACCGGCCAGCAAGGAGAGCAUCGAUGCUCUUCCCGAGAUCCUGGUCACCGAAGAUCACAGCGCAGUGGGGCAGGAGAUGUGCUGUCCUAUCUGUUGCAGUGAAUAUGUGAAGGGGGAGGUGGCCACGGAGUUGCCGUGCCACCACUAUUUCCACAAGCCCUGUGUGUCCAUCUGGCUUCAGAAGUCAGGCACCUGUCCCGUGUGCCGCUGCAUGUUCCCUCCCCCACUUUAAGACCAAGGCUCUUUACUCCUGGUCUGGUGAUUUUCCCCAUCUGAAAUCCACAAUACUGCAGGAGCCCUCUCAAAAUUAACCAUUGAAAUGAAACCAGUCGAUUAAUCUCCACCUGUUGAUUCCUUGUGAUUAUUUCCAAUGUGAAAAUGGUUGUGUACGAUUGCAUUAAAAAAUCAUACUGUCUUUUAGAGGUUAGAAAAGGAAAACUAAACUUUCUAAAUGCUACUUGAGAUUGCAGUAAAAACCUACAUUUUCUAACCUGAACGGUGAAAUAAGUUGCAUUUGUUUUUUUUUUCUAGUAGAAUAUGUUGCUGUUGAUUGUAACGUCAAGUUUAUCUGUUAAAUUUGUCCAAGAGGCAUCAUCAUUUCUGUUGCAUGUUAUGGGUUAAUGUUCCUGUAAUUGCAGUGCCGUAAAAACUUAUUAAAGUUCUUCUUUUGGUUUUACAUGG